AUUCGGCCGUGUGUUGUCCGACACGAGUGCUGUUACCCCCCACGGAUUACUUCCCGUAGCGUUCUUGCUGUGUCCAAGUUUGACCAACAACCACCAAGGCCAGUAACAGAAACUCAGGUGCCCUUUGGACUCUCACUAGCCAUCAAGAUAAGGCACACUUUGUUGCUUUGUGGUUCCCUUUCUUUCAUAGUUCCAGAGGUUAAUUAGACAAUGUCGGAAGUGCAUAGUUUCUGCCAGCCAGGUGGAUUUAGCACUGCUUCCGAUCUUAGUGGUCUCAGUGGUCUUCGACCUUCCUUUAGGGUGUGGGCCCUUCAUUCCUACCAUGUGUGGGGAAUUGCGAACAGAACGCACAUUCAGGCCCUUGCCUGUGUCAUGGGCAUGUUUUCUACAAUUACAAUAUAUCCGAAAUUGAACAGUUGCUCGCCGUUCUUUUUCUCUUCGGCCGCUGCCCAUCGCGCCUCCGCGGCUCCGAGCGUCUGUGGGCUCCUUGGGGUUCGUCCCAGGGUGGCCACGCCCAAAUGACCAACUAUGUGCGUUUUCCGAACGUGUCCUUUGAGCCAGUCGAAUUGCAGGUUGGGUUGGGCGAGGUCUUCCGGAGCGUGACCCCGAGCUUCCUGCGGAAAGAGGAGGAUGAAGAUGAGUUCUUGACCUCCUGCUGCCCGCACAUCACUUGGCGGCAACGUGUGACAGGCUGGCUCUCGUGCUUCUGCCUGGGCUUGAUACUUCAGGCCUCUAGCUUUGGCUCCCUGACACGAGCCUUGUUUGGUCAUCCAGGGAGAUUCGCCUUCACCUAUACUCUUGGGAACAUCGUGGCGCUUCUGGGUACCUUCUUCUUGGCGGGGCCUCGAAAGCAGUUGCGGAAGAUGUCCGACAAGAAUCGGGCCCAUGCUUCAGGGAUCUUCGUGAGCGCCAUGCUGAUGACUUUGGUGGCCGUUGAGGCACCACGAUUCCAUGGCCGCGCUCUGCUCAUCUUGGCGCUGGUGAUUCUGCAGUGGAUGUCCUUGGUGUGGUACACGCUGUCUUACAUCCCUUAUGGGCAGAAGAUGGCGUGGAGGUUGCUCACGAAGUGUUGCAGCUGGUGCUGCACAUUCUGAUGCUUCCGGCCUCAGCAUGCUUGUCUAAUCCCUAAGGCGUCGAAUCGAAAAGUACCGAAAAAAGCUUUGCAGACCAUAGCAGACCCCGAAUCGAAUUGAUUUGUGGCGAUUGGAAGUCAGGCACAGUUGGCCUUUUGCCUUUGCUUUUUGUCGAUGUUGCAAGCUGCUAAGUUUCAAAGUUCGUUUCCUGGCUCAGUUGAAACGCGACACAUGCGCAGUUUCACGCCGCAGCAGGUGUCCAAAAUGGGACGGCUUAGUGUUAAACGGCUCCGCGGCCAUCGACCAAAGGGCUGUCUGCCGUGUCCCCGCGCUUCGCCAGUGUACCGAGCAGCAGCUUCGGGUUGCUUCGGGAUGCUCGGGUAGAAAUCAAGAGAUGAUGCCUCAACAUGGGCAAGGGGAAACCACCCAGCAAGUGGCGUUGUGUGUUCGCUUGGAGCACAAAAAAGGACAUGAACA